AAGGCCUGCCCCUCUCUCUAGGUCGCUCUCUCUCUCUCUUUCCAUGCGCUCUAUUCUUUACUCUUUUGCUUUCCAGUUGCUUAGCUGUUAGCCUUGUAGCAGGAAGCAUACUAGUAUAAAGACACUCAGCAGGCAAAUCAGACACCACCACCACCAACACUACCCCCUUGCUAAAGAAAAAGCCCCAGAUGCUGUCUCCGUUACCACAGAAAAAAACUCUCCUCCCCUCCUCCCACCUCUCUCUUGGGAUCCUUAAAGAGCUCUACAACUUGUAGCGAGUCUCUUCCCUCUCCUUGUUUCUACUCUUCAUUUUGAUGGAGCAGUGAAGUGGGAUUUAGGGAACUGUGUUAUGUGGUGGAAGAAGUCAUAAGGAUUGUUUUGUGUUUCUUCCUUUGCGAAGUUGUAUUUUUUUCUUUUUUCUUUUUUUUUUUUGGGUGUGUAAAUGGGUGGUAUUAAUUGGGUGCAUUUAUGGGGGCUUACAUGUUUGGGGAUGUUGGUGAUGAGUCUCUGUCAAGAGAAUGCAGCUGUGUACAUUGUGACCAUGAAGAAAGCUCCUGCAUCUCAUUACAAUGGUCAGUUUCAGAAGCUUUGUAGUAGUGCCCUCAGUUAUGGAGCAUCUGGCAAAUUUAACACCUUCAACAAACCCAGGAAAUCUUGUGGGACAGAUAAAAGCUACAGUUCACAUCUGAUUCAUCUCCAAGAUUCUCUAUUGCGAAAGGCUCUGAAAGGGCAAAAUUAUCUUAAACUGUACAGUUAUCAUUAUUUGGUCAAUGGCUUUGCAGUUCUUAUUACUCCAACACAGGCUGACAAACUUGCUAGAAGGAAAGAAGUGUCAAACGUGGUAUUAGAUUUCUCUGUUAGAACAGAUACAACGCACACACCUGAAUUCUUAGGUUUGCCGAAUGGAGCUUGGGUUAAGGAAGGAGGACCUGAGGUUGCUGGAGAGGGAGUGGUCAUUGGUUUCAUUGACACAGGGAUUGAUCCAACACACCCCAGCUUCUCUGAUGAUCUUUCUCUCAAUCAGUAUCCUAUUCCUGCACAUUAUUCAGGUGUUUGUGAAGUAACACAGGACUUCCCUUCUGGGUCUUGCAACAGAAAACUUGUAGGAGCACGACAUUUUGCAGCUUCUGCCAUAACUAGAGGAAUUUUUAACAAUUCUCAGGAUCAUGCUUCCCCAUUUGAUGGUGAUGGCCAUGGGACGCAUACUGCAUCCAUCGCUGCUGGUAAUCAUGGGAUUCCAGUUGUUGUUUCUAAUCAUCAAUUUGGGAAUGCAAGUGGCAUGGCUCCUCGCGCACACAUUGCAGUUUAUAAGGCUCUGUACAAAAGUUUUGGGGGCUUUGCAGCUGAUGUUGUUGCUGCAAUAGACCAGGCAGCUGAAGAUGGUGUUGAUAUAAUAAGUUUGUCUAUCACCCCCAACAGACGACCGUCUGGGUUGGCAACAUUCUUCAAUCCUAUAGAUAUGUCUUUGCUUUCUGCUAUAAAAGCUGGAAUAUUUGUUGUCCAAGCAGCAGGCAACACUGGGCCUGCACCUAAGAGCAUGUCUUCCUUCAGUCCGUGGAUAUUUACAGUAGGUGCUGCCACUCAUGAUAGGAUUUACAACAAUUAUAUCGUAUUGGGAGACAAUCUUACUAUUUCAGGGGCUGGGCUUGCUCCUGGAACAGAUGGUGACUCAAUGUACACACUGGUUUCCGCAAUGCAUGCUCUGAAGAAUGAUUCAACAGAUGCGAAUGGCAUGUAUUUGGGAGAAUGCCAGGACCCAAGUUAUCUUAAUCAAGAUUUAGUUAAAGGAAACAUCUUAGUGUGUAGCUACUCAAUUCGAUUUGUGCUGGGGCUUUCUUCCAUCAGCCAAGCCAUAGAAACAGCAACGAAUGUCAGUGCAGCUGGCAUUAUAUUCUACAUGGAUCCUUUUGUGCUUGGAUUUCAGAUUAACCCGACUCCUAUGAGCAUACCAGGCUUAAUAAUACCAUCUCCUGACGACUCAAAGGUUUUCCUCCAAUACUACAAUAACACACUCGUAAGGGACACCACUACAAAAUCAAUAAUCAAGUUUGGUGGUCUUGCAAAAAUUUUAGGUGGCCUAACAGCUAACUACAGCAAUUUGGCACCAAAAGUAAUGUAUUAUUCUUCUCGAGGACCGGAUCCAGAGGACAAUUCACUAACUGAUGCUGACAUAAUGAAGCCCAAUGUAAUUGCACCUGGAAAUCUCAUAUGGGGCGCUUGGAGUUCUGAGGGUGCUGACUCUGCUGAAUUUCAAGUAUACCUGACAGGUGAGAAAUUUGCUAUGAUCUCUGGUACAAGCAUGGCAGCUCCUCAUGUUGCUGGACUUGCUGCACUUAUCAAGCAAAAGUUUCCUACUUUUAGUCCUUCAGCCAUUGCUUCUGCGCUAUCGACAACUGCUACACUGUAUGACAAACUAGGUGGUCCGAUCAUGGCUCAACGUUCUUACAGCAAUCCCGACUCCACCCAAUCACCAGCAACACCAUUUGACAUGGGCAGUGGUUUUGUUAAUGCAACCGCAGCAUUGGACCCUGGACUCAUCUUCGACACUGGUUAUGAUGAUUUCUUUUCCUUUCUCUGUGGAAUCAAUGGAUCUAGUCCUGUAGUUCUGAAUUACACUAGCAAUAACUGUGGCAACACUACCAUGAACGGCGCAAACCUAAACUUACCUUCCAUUACUGUUGCGCUGCUUAACCAGUCAAGAACCAUUCUAAGAACAGUCGCCAACAUUGGGAGCAAUGAGACUUUUAGUGUCAGUUGGAGUGCUCCAUAUGGUGUUGCCCUUUCUGUGAUACCUACAAAAUUUUCCAUCUUGAUUGGCCAGAAACAAAACCUCACUUUUAAUCUAAAUGCGACGAUGAACAGCUCAGCAGCAAGUUUUGGGAGAAUUGGACUCUAUGGAAACCAAGGCCAUGUUGCCAUGAUUCCCUUAUCAGUUAUUACAAAGGUUAUCUACAAUGGCACCAUAAGCUGAGAAACAUUUUGACAGUUAUUUUGCUUCAAGAGCAGAACUGAUCUGAUUUUUGUUUGUUUUACUGUGUAAAUGUCGAUGAAUCCGGAUGUAACUAGAGUAGAAAUUGACCAAUAAUUCUGUAACAUAAUGUUUUUUUUUC